UAUUUUUACAGGUGCUUGCACUAUUUUUUAUCAUGCGAGAGGUUGCAAUCACACGCUGUAGACUGUCAGAGGAUGAACGACUGCGCUAUCACAUUGCCUGCCGAAGACGACAAGUGGUUGAAUUUCCGGAAUAUAAACCACAAGGAACGAGUGCCCUUUAUCGUCUACGCGGACCUCGAGUGUGUGCUGCGGAAGACGCAACAUGAUACAGAGCAAGCGUCGUACACAUAUCAACAACAUGAGGUAUUCAGCAUCGGGUAUUACGUGCGAUGCUUAUACGACGACACGUUAUCCACGUACCGGUUUCGUCGCGAUAAAGAUUGCGUCGCGUGGUUCACUAAACAACUAGAAGAAUUAGCGUAUAAUGUUAAGACUCGUUUAUCAACUAAUAUCCCCAUGGAAACGUUAUCGGUGGAACAAUUGGAGGCAUACCAUAGCGCGACGCGGUGUCAUAUCUGCGAUACGCCAUUCGCGUCGGAUGAUACGCGGGUGCGCGGUCAUUGUCAUUUGACUGGUCGUUACCGCGGUCCUGCACAUUCUCUCUGUAAUUUAAAUUAUCGAAAUGCAUCAUACAUGCCAAUUAUUUUUCAUAACUUAUCUGGAUACGAUUCGCAUUUCAUUAUUAAGGAAAUAGCCACAGCCUUCAAAGGGAAGACCGACGUACUUCCCAUCACGAAAGAAAAGUAUAUUUCUUUUACAAAACAUGUCGUAGACACAGCCGAUAAAUUAGACCCA